UCAGUACAGAUGUUUGAAUCUUUUGGACACGAACAACAACAUGCCCUUCCCUUAAUUGAAGCUUUCACAUCUGCCUCGCAUCCACACCCAUACAUUCCCCCCUCCUUUUCCUGGCAAAAAUGGAAUCCUGCAACGCCGAGGCCUUCGAUGUGCCCGACUCGACCGACUGGAUCGGCACCCCGCUUGCAGGCCUCAUGGAGGUUGAGCAGGCCUUCCGCUGCCACGUCUGCAAGGACUUCUACAACUCGCCCAUGAUUACCUCGUGCAACCACACAUUCUGUUCCAUAUGCAUCCGGCGCUGUCUGUCCGUCGACGGCAAAUGCCCCUUGUGUCGAGCACUCGACCAGGAGUCCAAGCUGCGGGGCAACUGGGCGCUGAGGGAGGCUGUCGACGCCUUCGUCAAAUCUCGGGAUACGAUGUUGCGGUUCGCGAAGACUCCCGCCACCGUUGCCACACCGAGAUCACCCAAGCGGAAAGCGGAGGAGUUGGAAGGGCUAGGACAAGAAGAGCGGAGGAACAAGAGACCGAGGAUGACGACGCGGUCAAGCAAGGCGAAAGCGGUGGAGGCUACUGCUGCCAUCAUGUGCGAAGAGGUUGAUGUGCCAGAAAGCGAGGACACAGCAGAUUAUGGGCCUGAGCCUGACGAUGGACUUGUUGCAUGUCCAAUCUGUUGGACACGAAUGAAGCCGUGGCAAGUUGACAGACACAUCGACACGUCAUGCCCGGGGUCCCCUCAACCACAGAAGGCGCAGCCAUCGACAGCAAGCGACCGGGGAGGGAACUGCACGAGCAUGCCCCGAAACCCAUUCCAGAACCCGCCCACACCAACAAAGGCGCCAGAACGCCUCCCAGCACUCGCAUACUCCAUGCUCAAAGACACUGCGCUUCGCAAGAAGAUGUCCGAACUAGGGCUUUCGACGGCCGGGUCACGACAAAUGCUCGAGAGGCGACACCAGGAGUGGGUCACGAUAUGGAACGCUAACUGCGACUCGGCAAGGCCCAAACGGCGCGCCGAGCUGCUGCACGACCUGGAUCUGUGGGAGAGGACGGUGGGCAGCCGCGCGCCGGCCAUGUCACGCGCAGCAAACACGGGAGCGCAGAUCAAGGACAAAGACUUCGACGGGGCGGCCUGGGCGGCGAAGCACGGCAAUUCCUUCAAGGAUCUCAUCGCGAAAGCGCGUAGCUCGAGGAGCAAGGCCACCCAGAAGGUAGAGGAGGGCAAUGCGGCCGAAGAGCCAGGAACAGCGCAAAGUGACGGGGGAGGGCCGAAUGGAACGGUACCAAAGGCGCCGCCGUUAGUGGCCGAUGUGGACUUGACAAUGCCGCCAUCAAGUCAGCCAGAGCCGCCCGACUCGCCAUCUAAAGGGGGCAAUGGUCCUCUCCUGGGGGGCCAAGUUGGCAUUCUAGGAGGUUCAGGGAGUUUUUUUGGGAACGAGGUGCUCUAUCCUCAAGCAGACAGCAUAUCCACGUGCAGCCCAUCCAGGGAGUCAGAGGGGGCGCCCUUUUGAGCAUGGCUUCCUUAAAAAAACAGACGAUCGGUUUGACCUUCGUUAUGGCCGUGCCAAGCGACGACUCCAGCCCGAAUCAUGACUAUUUUACCCUAUCUCAUGCAUACCUUGGCCAAAACGCCAGUAGCCGCCCUACAAGUAGAAAACCGUUUCUCCCAUCAUGCAAACGCCAGUAGUGCUCAGGAUGUGCUGUUCGAAUGGUUCGUUACACUAGAGAGGGAGAACUGAAUUAGCCUCUGUAUCUCUGCUUGCACAACAAGCAGAGGAGG